AUGGAAGAGUCACGGAAUGACACCGAAGAAGUUAUGAAAAUGAAAGAAGCCGAAUUACUACAGGGAGUCGAGCGUAGGCGUCGUAAUGUGGAGAAGUGGAGAGCCCAAAAGAAGAACGAAUAGCUUGAUCUACAAUCUGAGCAAUCUGAUGAGAAAUCUGAGAAAAAGCCCUGGAAUCUGGAGGAUGAGGAUGAUGAAGACGAAUUUGAUAUCAAAAAUGAGGGAAUUUCAGAGGAAAAUCCGGUGAAAAUGGAAGAAAAAGUCGAAAAAAUGGAUACAUACGACGAAGAGGACCCUCUGGACGCUUUUAUAAAAGAAAUUGCCACUAAAAACGCCAAAAAAACCGGAAAUUCCACACAAAAAGCGUCUGGAAUUGUCACAAUUGUGCAGGAGGAGAAGCCGGAGCCCGAAAAGGGACAAGUGCUGGAAAAUGAGGAUAAUAUGGAUAUGGUUAUUGAUGAUUUUGAUAUUGAGACGGCUGCAGCAUCAUUAUAUCAUAAAGGACGAAUGUUGGCACAAACUGACCAUUCUAAGGUCUAUUAUCGGAAAUUCAAGAAGAAUUUCUAUAUUGAGGUGCGGGAGAAUCCCUUAGAGGCUCCACUCGAAGAGGGUGACGGGCCUAUUGCAGUGAUUUUGACUCCGACUAGAGAGUUGGCUAUGCAAACUUAUAAGGAAGCUAAUAAGUUUGCGAAACCACUGGGUUUGAAGGUAGCGUGCACCUACGGAGGAGUUGGAAUUUCCGAGCAAAUUGCAGAUUUGAAGCGUGGAGCCGAGAUCGUCGUGUGCACACCGGGACGAAUGAUUGACGUACUGGCGGCGAAUAGUGGAAAAGUCACAAAUUUACGAAGGGUCACGUAUUUGGUGUUGGAUGAAGCCGAUCGAAUGUUUCAUAAGGGCUUUGAGCCGCAGUUUAUGAAAGUGGUGAACAAUAUCCGGCCUGACAAGCAGACCGUACUCUUCUCUGCCACGUUUCCCCGACACAUGGAGGCUCUGGCACGGAAAGUUCUGGAUAAACCUGUUGAGAUUUUAGUAAGACACUGUUUUGCUUUAAAGGUCGGUGGAAAAUCUGUCGUAUGUAGUGACAUCACUCAGAAUGCAGUAAUUUGUGCAGAGCAUCAGAAGUUUUUGAAAUUGCUGGAACUGUUGGGAAUGUACUACGAUGAGGGAAGCUCGAUUGUAUUUGUAGAUAAACAGGAAAAAGCUGAUGAUAUUGUAGAUCAACUCAUGAGAACUGGAUAUAAUUCAGUUGCUUCAUUACAUGGAGGAAUUGAUCAACAUGAUCGAGAUUCAUCGAUUGCUGACUUUAAAACUGGUGUUAUUAAGGUUUUGGUAGCAACAUCAGUUGCAGCUCGAGGUCUUGACGUGAAAAAUCUGAUUCUCGUUGUCAAUUACGACUGUCCAAAUCACUAUGAAGACUAUGUACAUCGAGUUGGAAGAACUGGACGGGCGGGACGAAAGGACCAAGAAAAGAUGGCCGGAGAGGUUUGCCGGGCUUUUGAGACAGCUGGAUGUAAGCCGCCGGCAGAUUUGAAGGCAAUGUUCGAACGGUUCAAAAGUGAGAUGGCUGCAGAGGGAAAAGAUGUUAAAUUGGGUGGAAAAGGUUUCGAAGGAUCCGAUUAUAAGUAUGAUGAGGGUGAAGCUGAAGCUGAUGCCAAUAAGAAGAGGAUGACCAGAUUGACCGCUCAACUUCAACGCGGAGGAACUCAGGCGAGAUACAAAGUGUAA